CUGUUCCCGAUGGCUCCUCGAACCCAUCAAACCAACCAAGUCUAACUCUUCAUUUGCAACCAUUGAAUCAGAAUCAAUCUCCUCUAUAAAUUGCACCAAUCUUCCUAAACUGGACUCUUAAGUCUCACAACUUUCUCAGUUUCUUCUCUCCAGCUUCAUCCAGUCAUAAUGGCUCUCUCAAACCCUGAUCAGGAAAUCGUCGGCAACGGUGCUGAAGAUCAAGAAGAUCAAGAGAACGUAAGUUCUGCGGUAACUAGUCAUCUCUACAUAAAGCCUACUCACCCUGAAAAAACCCUGGACAAGGAAGUGGUUUUGAGGAAGAUUCGCCAGCGGAAGCGCGUGAACAACGUAAAGAAGGUGCUGCAAUCUUUUGUGGGCGCUCCGGCGGCGAAAACCGGGAACAAGCAGGUUUCUGUGCAAGGAAAGAAGUGGAUUGAUGACGCCUUUGCUGCUCCUUGAUUCUAAGGGAAGACGAUCAACGAUCAACGGGUGAACAGAACAGCCGGCAGCCGGCUUAUCCUAAGACUAGUAUAUCUCUGUGUAGUAGUUUUGAGUGUAUGGAUUUCUGUAAAUAGGCCCAGUAGAUUCCAUGUGUUGAGAGAAGAGGGCCUAAAGGCCCAAAGUAGCCAACAUAAUGGUUAGGAGUUAGCCCAUAUAUAAUGUAUUGAGUUAUUUGAGACUAAUAACAACAAACAUUAGGGGUACCC